GUCGGGCCAUUAACAUGCAAAUACAUUCCAUUGAUUAUUAUUGUCGUUUGGUUUAAGGUUCUGCACCAAAAUGAAUUGCAUUAAUACUAUUUUAUCGUUAACGGUUUAUCCAUUUGUUGCUACUUUAGUUGUUUUAAUGGUUAUAUCGAAAUUAUGGUGUUUUUGGUGCAGAAGUAAGGUUUGUUUGGUGGGGAAGACCGCUAUUGUCACCGGAGGUGCUUCUGGUCUAGGUUUUCAAAUUGCAUUGGGUUUGGCCGCCAAAGGUUGCAGGGUGAUCAUAGCCGAUAUCGUCAACAUAUCCGAGGCAGUCGAAGGAGUAAAACAACAAACCCAUAAUCAAGACGUAAUUGGUAUGAAGGUUGAUCUGUCGUCCCUUAAAUCCACAAGAGAGUUUGCCGAGCAGGUGUUAAAAAACGAAGCGAGACUGAACAUUUUGAUAUGUAAUGCCGGUAUUGCCAGUUAUACGGAAAAAGUGACGACCGAGGACGGGCUCGACAGGACGAUGCAAGUCAACUAUUUCAGUCAUUUCUUGCUGACUCAUUUAUUAUUAGAUCUUUUGAAAAAAUCUGCUCCAAGUAGGAUCACCUUCACCGGUUCACUUAUGGCCUUCAUUUCCACCAUUAACGUCGAUGCACUGAACCCACCCGCAAAAUAUUUUAAUCGAAUCACGACCCAAUUGAACGGAGGAGUCUACAGUAACUCCAAACUAUGUAUGCUGGCGGCUGCCAAAAUGUUCGGUGAAAGAUUAAAAGGCUCGGGGGUCUUGGCCAAUGCCACCGCCACCGGUGGAGUAAAAACCCCCAUAUAUUGGAACUCCGCUAUAUUAACUGAUCGCAAUUAUAAGGCCCUAGCGUUGAUGGCCUUGGUGUUUUUGUAUGGCAAGACGCCGGAAGAGGGUGCGCAAACGCUUUUACACCUAGCGCAUGCGGACGUGCAGGACGUCACGGGAAAGUGCUGGAGCGAAGGAAUGGUGAUUCCCAGUCCCUCAAUAUUGACCGAAAAAUUCUGUCAGAAGCUCUGGGACUAUUCGGUCGAAUAUACUAAGUUGCAGCCUCAAGAAAUCAAAUUAUAUCCUUUAGUUAGUUUUAUAGCUGUUAUAACUAUCCUAUCGAAAGUAUGGUGUUUUUGGUGCAGAAGUAAAGUUUGUUUAGUUGGCAAGACUGCCCUUAUUACUGGAGGCGCAUCAGGGCUCGGUCUUCAAAGUGCUCUAGGUCUAGCCGCUAAAGGAUGCAAAGUGAUCAUCGCAGAUAUCGUAAAAAUUUCAGAAGCAGUAGAUGAAGUCAAACGUCAAACCCACAACCAAAAUAUAAUCGGCAUGAAAGUGGAUCUGGCAUCUCUGAAAUCCGUCAGGGAGUUUGCCAAAGAGGUCUUAGCAAAAGAAGAGAGACUCGACAUCUUGAUGUGUAACGCGGGAAUCGCGUUAAACAAGGAAAAAGUCACCACAGAAGAUGGCCUCGAUAAAACGAUGCAAGUGAACUAUUUCAGUCAUUUUUUGCUUAUUCACUUGCUCUUAGAUUUGCUAAAGAAAUCCGCCCCUAGUCGAAUUACGUUCAGUGGUUCCGUCAUGGGCUUCGUCUCGACUAUUAACAUCGAUCAAUUGAACCCUCCUGCCGAAUAUUUCAACGGACUAUGUACCCAGUUGAACGGCGGAGUCUACAGCAACUCCAAAUUGUGCAUGAUAGCGGCUGCAAAAAUGUUUGGAGAAAGAUUGAAAGAUUCCGGAGUUACCGCCAACUCACAAAUAAUCGGAGGAGUGAAGACGCCGAUUUAUUGGAAUUCCGCCAUUGUACAGGACCGUAACUACAAGGCGUUUGCUCUGAUGCUUCUCGUCUUCAUUUACGGCAAGUCUCAAGAGGAAGGAGCUCAAACUCUACUGCACCUGGCCUGUGCUGAUGACGUGAAAAACAUCACCGGCACCUAUUGGUACGAAGGAAUGGUCGUUUCAGGUCCUGGAAAACUGACCGAGGAGUUCCGCAAGAAACUUUGGGAUUAUUCAGUGGAAUAUACUCAGUUGCAACCGGAUGAGAUCAAAUGUUAACACUUACAACUUUUAUUAUUCAAUUGUAACUUGUAAUAAAGUGCUAAACAUUAAGGGUGACAAAUAAACAAUUUUUGAUAUAAUA